AUGAAAUGUUCUGCCAACAAGCGAAAACUUGUCGAAGAUCCAGGAUCAGAGGACCAUCACAUGCCUGCAUCCGGUGGUUUUGCGAAUCAUCCGGGACCGGCGGCUCCCGGACUGCAUCAGGCCUUUGUUCCGAACGCGGCAGUUCAUCCAGUUCCUUUCGCGCAUUACGGAGCGCCGCAUGUACCCAUGAACUGAAACAACUUUGGACUGAUACGACGGCCCCCCAAGGUCGAGCAGUCGGACGAUAUCCGAGGCCAGCGAGCCGGAGAGUGA